UCUAUCCAACAACAAUUUUUCUGGAGAUAUUCCCAAGUCCUUCGAGAAGCUCAGGUAUCUCCAAUAUUUGAAUGUAUCUUUCAAUAGACUCUAAGGAGAAAUUCCUACUGGAGGACAUUUUGUGAACUUUACAGCUCAAUCAUUUAUGCAUAAUGAUGCACUUUGUGGCCUAGCUCAACUGCAAGUCCCGCUUUGCAAAACGAACAAGAACCAAAGAUUGAGGUCAAAAAUUGUACCGUUGUUGAAAUAUAUUUUACCUCCUAUUGCAUUGAUAACUCUUGUGGUGGCUCUCAUAAUUGUGUUGAUGCGCCGAAAACAAAAGGUCAAAUUAUCAACAAAUGCAGAUUUGUCACCUCUGACAUGGAGAAGAAUUUCUUACCAAGAGCUUUUACAAGCAACAGAUGGAUUCAGCGAAGCCAACCUUCUUGGCGUUGGAAGUUUUGGUUCAGUAUAUAAAGGAACACUUUCAGAUGGGAUGAUUAUUGCCGUAAAGGUUUUAAAUUUGCAAUUAGAAAGAGCAAUCAAGAGUUUUGAUGUUGAAUGUGAAGUGAUAUGCAAUACUCGCCAUCGAAAUCUGAUAAGAAUCAUCAGCAGUUGCACUAAUAACAUGGAUUUCAGAGCCUUGGUACUAGAGUACAUGCCUAAUGGGAGCCUUAAGAAGUGGUUGUAUUCGCACAACUAUUGUUUGGACAUCCUACAAAGGUUAAACAUAAUGAUAGAUAUCGCAUCAGCCUUGGAAUAUCUCCAUCAUGGUCAUGCAACACCCAUUGUUCACUGUGAUUUGAAGCCUGAUAAUGUCCUACUUGACAAAGAUAUGAUUGCAAAUGUUGCUGAUUUUGGUAUUGCCAAACUCUUUGGUGAAGGGAAUCUUAUGGCACAAACCACAACCUUGGCAACAAUUGGGUAUAUGGCACCAGAGUACGGAAUGGAAGGAAGAGUAUCAACAAGAUGUGAUGUCUAUAGUUAUGGUGUCUUGUUGAUGGAAGUAUUCACAAGGAAGAGGCCGACAGAUGAAAUGUUUGCCGGAGAGAUGAGCUUGAAGCGUUGGGUGAAGGAAGCAUUAGAUGGUUCAAUAAUUGAAGUUGUGGACAGCAAUCUGAUUGGAACAGAGGAUGAAAAUUUCUCUGUGAAGGAGGAAUGUGUAUCAUAUAUCUUGGGUUUGGCCCUGGAUUGUUCAAGUGAUAAACCCGCGGAAAGGAUCGACAUGAAAGAGGUCCUGGUUAGGCUUGAGAAAAUUAAAAUCUCCUUUUCAGAAAAUAUUGGAAUGGUUGGCAAGAAAAAAGCUAUGAAUUAACAGGUAUCAAGUUUAAUACUGUAGUAUUUUGUACUUUUUGCAUUUUCUUUCCCUCCAUUUUUUAUACAGUGAACAUCCAUCUAAAAAUUCUGAACAUUAGUUUUGGAAUUAUUUUUCAGGAAGUGACAGAAAUUUCUGGACUUCUUUUUAUUGGACUGUUGGGUUAUUUGUGGGGAAAAAAGUGAAAGGCCCCUCUGUCUGUGUAUUUCCUGGCUUUUAGCCUUUUCAAUGAAAUUGCUUAACUUGGAAAAAUAAAAAUCAAUGUCUGUUGUUGCAUUGUUAUUCCAAGAUUUCUAAAAA